AUGACAAGUGUACUACAUAAUGAUCAACCAGAUAUACCCUCACAUAACAAUGAUGAUUUAUCAGUAGAUCCAAUAAAUAUACUACAACAAUUAAUAGACCAAUUAAACUCAGGUGAUGAAUUUUUAGCUAUUGAACAAAUACAAUCAAUAAUAAAUAAUCAAAAUAUAACCAAUACAAAUGAAAUAUCAAAAACAAAUGAAACAAUAACCAACCUAAAGAAUGAAAUAGAUCUAAAGCAAAAAUCAAUACAGAUGUUAAAUAAAUUAAACGAUAUAAAUUAUGAACUAAUUCAAACAUAUACAUCAUCAAUUAAACCAACCACCACUCCAAAUAAAUCCGAGAAUAUUUUUCAAUUAAUCAAAUCAAAAUCAAUAGAAAUGGAAAAUUAUAAAGUUAAAAUAAUUAAGGAGUUACAAGACCUAACUAGUUCAAUAAAUAUUUUGAAUUCAAAUGAAUUAAAAUUAAACAACGAGAUACAACAAAUUAAUGAAAAUAUAAAAGAUAGUAUUAACAAUUUUCAAGGAAACUUAAAUCUAAAUAACAACGAAUUGCUAGAACAAGAUUUGACCAUUUUAUUAAUUAAUUUAUACAAAAAUUUAGGUAUGAAUCUAGAAAGUGCUAAAAAGAUUACAGGAGAUAAUGAAAACAAUCAAGAUUUUAAUUCUCAAAAUCCUGAUAAUUAUUUAGAUGAACCUGAAGAUUUCAUGAUUAUAAGCGGUAAAGAUGAUACAGUUACUGCAUUAGCUUUAGAAGCAAGGUAUACUGAAGAAUUUAUUUCAAAUUUCAUAUGGGAUAAAAUCGAUUAA